AUGGCUCGAACCAGAAAAUCCUCUACCUCCAUUCGAGACCCACUUGAAGCUCCGAUGGACAAUGAUCAUCGUCCUUCUCCAGCUGAAGUUCCACCUGCACCGACUGUGCACAACAAUGGUGGCCAAACCUCUGCCUCCAAUCGCUUUGCUCCUCUGGAAACCUCGGAUCGACCCACACAUGAAGAUGCCAUAAAUCCAUAUUUCUUGGGUAAUGGAGAUCAUCCUGAAAUCAUCCUUGCCUCACCUCCUCUCACGGACAAAAAUUUUCAACAAUGGCACCGGGAUUUCAUGCUAUCAAUUGGAGCCAAGAACAAGAAAGGUUUCCUCAAUGGACAACUCCCUCAACCACCUCCCUUAGACCCAAACUACAAUGCUUGGCACCAAUGUGAUCAAAUGAUCAUCUCUUGGAUCAUCCAUUCGGUGUCUCCUGACAUUAAAAGCAGCAUCAUGUUCUUAGACUCAGCUGUUGCCAUGUGGGAAGAACUGAACAAUCGGUUCAAUCAAGGGAAUGGGCCUCGCAUUUUUGAGCUUCGUCAAACCCUGAUUCGUCUUCAUCAAGGGGAUGAUUCUGUCAGUUCUUACUUCACCAAAUUGAAGGCUAUGUGGGAUGCAAUCACUGAGAUUUGUCCAAGAAUCCCCUGCACUUGUGUCGCUGCCUCUGAUAAUCUUGAUUCUUACAAUCAAGAACAAGUUUUACAAUUUCUUACUGGCCUUAAUGAAUCUUAUCAUGCUGUUAGGGCUCAAGUUUUAUUGAUUGAUCAUUUUCCCUCAUUAUCCAAAGUUUUCUCAAUGAUUGUUCAAGAGGAGAGACAAAGAAACCUUGGUCCUUCCAAUAAUCCUAAUUUGAUUGCUGCAUUGCAGCCUCCACUUCUAAUCCCCCUCCCCGUGCUAAGAAACUUCGACCUACAUGCACUCACUGCCUCAAACCAGGCCAUCUAA